AAAUGAGAAAGCCAGAGUAAUGCUAGGAAAACUAUAAUGAGUUCAUUUUUCACCAAAAAUAUACGUAUCAUUAUUUCAAUAUUAGCUAUUUUAGCAUUAGUUGCUAUCAUUUUUCAAUCAAAAGGUUCAAAUUCUUUUUCAAAUUUCUUUUAUUUUACAUCAUCUUCUUGGUUUUGGCCUACAACAAGUACAAAUUCAACUCAAAAUAAUAGUGUAAUUGUUCAUGGAGUUACACCGUCGUCGUCGUAUGAUUCUUUGGUGCAUUCUCUUGCCGUUAUUCACAAUUCUUCUACUCUAUCAAAAUCCGAGGAGAAAAAGCAAAGAACGAUGAAGAAAUUGCGUGAUGAGAUUGAUAAAGUGUUAAUUGGAAGAAAGAAAGAUGAAAAGGUAGAACAUAUGGAAGAAGAACUUACAAGAGCAAGAAUUUUGAUAAAACAAGCAUUUGAAAGUAGCAAUAAUUCGUCAAAUGUCAUUUCUCUUGAAGAUGAUGAUGUACGACCUCAUGUCAACAUAUACAAGAAUGCUUUCGCCUUUAAACGGAGCUACUUAUUAAUGGAAAAGAUGUUCAAGAUUUAUAUCUAUGAAGAAGGGGAGCCACCUUUAUUUCAUCAUGGUCCAUGCAAAGGUAUAUACUCAAUGGAAGGCAUCUUCAUGAAUUUGAUAGAGAAGAACAAUCAAUUUAGGACAAAUGAUCAAGAUGAAGCUCAUGUUUAUUUUCUUCCCUUUAGUGUGGUUAUGAUACUUGAACACCUUUUCGAUCCAAUUGUACGUGACAAGGCUGUUUUAGAGCGCACAAUUCUUGAUUAUGUGGAUAUCAUAUCACACAAGUACCCUUUUUGGAAUAGGAGUCUUGGAGCCGAUCACUUCAUGCUUUCUUGCCAUGAUUGGGGGCCGCGAGCAACAUGGUACCAUCCAAUAUUGUACUUCCAUUCAAUUCGAGCAUUAUGCAACGCGAACACAUCAGAGAAUUUCAAUCCAAGAAAAGAUGUAUCAAUCCCAGAAAUCAAUAUAGCAAGUGGCGAAUUUGUUGGCCUAAACCGCGGAACACCCCCUUCAAAUCGUACCAUCCUUGCAUUCUUUGCAGGACGGAUGCAUGGCCAUAUUAGGCCCGCGCUCCUUACUCACUGGAAGGGCAAAAAUGAGGAUUUGCAAGUUUAUGAAGAGCUUCCGAAGGAACUUUCUUAUAAGGAAAUGAUGAAGAGAAGCAAGUUCUGUCUUUGCCCAAGUGGAUUCGAGGUUGCUAGCCCUCGAAUUGUGGAGGCUAUCUAUGCUGAAUGUGUGCCAGUUUUAAUCUCUCAAAAUUAUAUCCUUCCUUUUAGUGAUGUUCUUGAUUGGAGCACAUUUUUGGUCCAUGUUUCAGUUAGUGAAAUCCCAAACCUGAAGAAAAUAUUGAUGGAUAUACCUUAUGAAAAGUAUUUGCAAAUGCUGGAGGGUGUGAGGCAAGUACAACGCCAUUUUGUAAUGAACGAUCCUCCUAAGAGAUUCGAUGUUUUUCAUAUGAUUAUUCACUCAAUUUGGCUUCGAAGGUUGAAUGUACGUAUUUAUAGUUGAUAUACUUCCAAGUUAUACUGAUGAUUUUUGCUCAAA